UUUAAAUCAUUUUUACACUUAAUAUAGUGCACACUUGUGUAAGUCAUACAUAGGACCCAUGACCAACCCCUGCACCUUGUUGAUCAGCCAGCCAGCAGUCAAGUGUAUUCCUCCUUGGAGUGGAUUCAAGUGCCAACACAGCUAUUUAGAAACGACUGAGGCAUGCAUAAUGCAAUCUUAAUGGAAAACAAGCUUCUGAUGUGAAACAGCUGUCUCUGCAAGCAACUGCUGAUGAAGUUACUCCAAUUAAUCCAGACUGACAGAAAUACUUCACGCUAUGUCGCAGGUAUAUGAGGAAUAAAAGCACUUGUCGUGUGACGCAGUUUGAAAUCAAUAGAUGGCACGAGAAGGCUGUAAUCCGUGGUGCAGGUGAGGUGUUGCGUUCAAACACCAUGUGUGCACAAGACCUGGAAAUAUUUGCACUGUGGAGGUUUUUAUAACCCUUCCCUGGAGCACCACGCCCAUGCUGGAGCAGCGGGACGGCCUCGGGUCUCGGGUUUCACCCUGAGGAGUUCAGAUACAAGUUGAUGUGAGGAGCUGCCCUCACAAUCCAGCGGAACUGGCGCGUGUUGACAUCCCACCUCUGGAAUGCUCGAGUCCGUCUGAAGGAGGAACGUGCACUCAGCUCGCAGCCAGGUAAGACCUCACCUGGGCUCCUCGGACAAGGCGAGAAAAAAGGCUUCACUGAUGUCUCCUUCCCUCACAUCAUCAUCAUUAUCAUCAUCAUCAUCAUCGUUGUUAUCCGUCCGGCUAAUGCUGUGGUGCACGCUCACUGUCCUGUUGCUGCUGUCUUCAGGGGUCCAUGGCCAAGGUCGUCUCAAGCUGACGGUCUUGUCUGAGGACAGACUGCAGAUGAAAUGGAAGGAGGCCGAUGGACCCGUUCAGGGCUACAAAGUCCGAGUGAGACCCAUCUCAGAUGUGCCGCAGCCGGAGCUGAUGCUGACCACCACACGAGGCAGGGCAACGGUGGCGGGACUGGACUUAAACCAGGAAUACAACCUCCAAGUCCUCGUGCUCAACGGAACCACGGAGAAACUACUUGCUAAGAGACGAUUCACCAUGGAGAGUCUGCGGGAGGAGGAGAUGAUCCGUAGCGGCACCAGAGAUCAGAGGAAGAAGAUGCUGCCAGGCGGGUCGGGGUCAGGAGACCUGGACGAUGUAACGGAGGCUCUGCUGGGCCUGCCGACAGUUCUGUAUCCAGAUUCCACCACCUCUGCUGCUGCUGCUACUGCAGAGCCCACAGCUUUAGAAACCCCCUCUUCUCCUGAUGAGACGCCAGAGAAAACCACCAAAGAGAAGAAGAAAAGGAGGAAGGAGAAGGAAAGGGAUCGUUCAAAGAUGGAGAAAAAGGAGGAGCAAGGGACGACACAGGGCAAAGAAGCAGAGGAGAAGCCCCGGAAGACACCUUUUCCUACUCAACCGGUGACAGGACUCUCUCCAAGGAAGCCAUUUGAGUGUGACAGCAGUGCAGCGGCAGACAUCAUGUUGUUGGUGGAUGGUUCCUGGAGCAUCGGACGCACCAACUUUAGACGGGUCAGAGACUUCCUGGAAGGUCUGAUGACACCUUUCAAAAUUGGACCAAACAACAUUCAGAUUGGUCUGACCCAGUACAGUGGAGACCCUCGCACAGAGUGGCAGCUCAACAACUUCACCACUAAAGACCAGCUGUUAGAGGCAGUGAGGAAUUUUAGAUACAAGGGAGGAAACACAUUUACAGGUCAGGCCCUGCUUCAUGUCAUGGAGGAGAACAUGAGGGUGGAGGCAGGUGCGAGGGCCGGUGCACCUCUCUUUCUGGUCUUGUUGACGGAUGGGAAAUCCCAGGAUGAUGCCAUUGCUGCAGCAAACAAGCUGAAGAAUGCAGGUGUAGAGAUCAUCGCUGUAGGUGUGAAGAAUGCUGAUGAGGCCGAGCUGAGACAGGUGGCGUCAGAGCCGGUGGAUCUGAAUGUCUACAAUGUGAAUGACUUCCCUCUGCUCAAUAAACUGGUGGCCCGGCUGGUACACAUCCUGUGUGGAAGGAUAGAAGAACGUGGAAUCUCAAAACGAAUGGAACCUGGGCCCACAGCAGACCCUGCACUCAUGUAUCCGAGUCCUACCGAUCUCAGGUUUUCUGAACUGGGCUCCCGAGAGGUGAAGCUUCACUGGACCAACCCUGCCAUGCCAGUCCAACAGUACAGAGUGGUGUACCACAGCGCUGAGGGCCAGAGUCCACAGGAGGUGGUUUUGGCUGGUUCUGAGUCCACUGUGCUGCUGAAAGACCUUUCCUCUCAGACCCUGUACCACGUGUCCAUCUUUCCUGUCUAUGAAGAUAAUGUUGGCCUGGCACUCAGAGGAACUGUCACUACAUUGCCCCUGGGCAUGCCUACCAACCUGGAGGUGACUCCCUCCUCCUACAGCAAUUUGCGAGUGAGUUGGAGUGCAGCCCCUAGUGCAACUCAAUACAUGAUCCUCUAUUCAGCACUCAACCACGGAGAGCCUGAUGACGCCAAGGAGGAGAAAUUUGGUGCAGACCAGACAGUGGUGGAGCUAGCAGGAUUACUGCCAGAUACAGAUUACUCUGUCACUCUUUAUGCUCUGUAUGAAGAAGAUCCAAGUGAUCCUGUCACUGCUGUCGCCACCACUCUUUCUCUCCCACAGCCAGCGAGUGUUCAGUUCCCGAUGGUUACCCACAGCAUGAUGAGGGUGAGCUGGGUGCCUGGAGCUGUAGACAUCCCGAGUCACAGAAUCACCUACAGCACCAACCACGGCAGCGACGUCAAGCACGUGGAGGUAACAGGACUGAACACAGUGCUGGUGCAGAACCUCUCCUCUCUCUCCAGAUAUCUAGUUUCAGUCCAGUCUCUCUACCAACAAGGCUUGUCUGCAGCACUCACCAGUAACAUCACCACAUUGAAGGUGCCGGCCCCGUCAGACCUCAGGGUGACGAACUUCUCCGGCAGUGACAUCACCGUGCGCUGGGAGUCUGCAGCUGAAGAUGUCGUCUCGUACCUCAUCAAGUGGAUCUCUCUCAACAGUGGGGACCUUAGGCAGCUGAAAGUGAGUGGUGAGAGUGAAGGGGUGAUCCUUGAAGGGGUGGAAGACGAUAAAGAAUACCAGGUCUCUCUGUCUGCGUUGUACGGAGACGGAGCUCAGAGUGAAGCCGUGGCCAUACGGUACAGCACCUUGUCUGGAGGAGGACCAUCCAGUGUAUCAGUGUCUGAGGAGACUGCUGUCAGCAUGGUGCUCAGCUGGGUUCCUCCUAACGCUCAUGUCCUUCAGUAUCGUGUAUCUUACACUGCACUAACUGGAGCUGAAACUCAGGACAGAACAGUUUUGGUCCCAGGAAAUGAAAAGCGGGUUGUGCUGGAGUCAUUGCAGCCAGACACACGUUACAGUAUCUUGGUCACCGCUGAGUACCGCAACAGAGAAGGAGGCAGCGGCUCUGCUCAGGGCAAAACCACCAGUCUGCGUGUGAGCAGUGUAAGCGUGGUCAGGUCGGACCACUCCAGCAUCUGUGUGUCUUGGAGAGCUGUGUCUGCUGUGGAUGGAUAUCGUAUCGUCAUCCAGUCAGUGAAAGACAAGCAAACAAAGGAAGAAACUGUGGAUGAGUCCCGCAACAGCCACUGCUUCACUGAGCUGGAACCAGAGACUCUGUAUCGCAUAAACGUUCACUCCCUUCUCGGCUCAGAAGAGGGCGCUGCAGUCUCCAUUCUCCAUCCGACAGCGUCUGCUCCGACCAGAAUUCCCAUCCAUCCUCGGCUGUACCCGAUCCAUAAUGAAGUCUGCCCUGAAGUCACCAUCAGAAACAGCAUCGUCAGAGGAUUCAACAUGAUGGAAGCAUUUGGUCUGACUGAGAGAGCUCACUCGUCUGUUGAAGGCGUGGCAGCCGAACCUUUUGUUUUCAACACCCUCCCCACCUACACCGUGUACAGAGACGUCCAGCUGACACAGAGCACAAAGUUUAUCCACCCUGCAGGCUUCUCUCCAGAGCACACCAUCAGCAUCGCCUUCCGCGUGUUACAGGAAACACCCAGGGAGCCCUUUGCUCUCUGGCAGCUCACUGAUAAUGACUUCCAGCCCAUGAUGGGGGUAAUACUUGACCCUACAACCAAGCACCUGGUGUACUUCAGUCUGGACUACAGGGGAGAAGUACAGAAACUGAGCUUUGAUCAGACACAGGUCCACAGACUGUUCUAUGGAAGUUUUCACAAGGUUCACCUUUCUGUCAGCCAGGUGAGUGUUUCCCUGUCUGUGGACUGCCAGCAUGUAGGAGAGAGGCCUGCCCGCCCUCUAGGCAACCUGCCCACUGAUGGUUUUGAGAUGCUGGGGAAACUUGUGAAGACUAGAGGACCCAAUAGUGGAUCUGCACCGUUCCAGCUGCAGUCCUUUGAAAUAGUCUGUAACAACACCUGGGCUACAGAGGACACCUGCUGUGACCUGCCUGGAGUGAGAGAUGAGGAGAGCUGUCCCGCCCCGGCGUACACCUGUACCUGUUCCUCUGAUAUUCCUGGAGCUCCUGGCGACGCCGGACCAUCUGGAAAGCCAGGUCCUCGUGGCGAGAAAGGUGAAAAGGGAGAGACCGGCCAAAAGGGGGAAGUGGGUCCUCCAGGGAGUUCUGGACUCGAGGGCGGUCUCGGACCCUUGGGUAGUACGGGGCCUCGAGGCAUAGCUGUGUCAGGAAAAGCGGGUCCACCAGGUGCGAGAGGUGCAAAGGGAGAUCAUGGACGUCCAGGUGUUCAGGGGUCACCAGGACCUCCAGGUGACAAAGGUGAAGAGGGGAUUCCAGGACCGAAGGGCAUCAGGGGGCUCGAGGGUAACAUCGGUGGACCUGGUCUCACUGGACCCAGGGGCUUCCAGGGAAUGCCAGGAUAUCCAGGGCCUGCAGGGGAAAGGGGCCCGUCAGGAAUUGUGGGACCCACGGGUCUAUCAGGGAAUAAAGGAGAGCGAGGAGAGAAGGGGGAGCCUCAGUCUAUGGCCAUGAUCUACCAGCUGGUCACCCAAGCCUGUGAGCAGCUGGUCCACAAGGAAGUUCUAAAGCUCGACAGUUUCAUUAAUGAGAUCAGUCGAAAGCCGACUCCUAUUGAAGAGCCGGUGGGGCCUCCAGGUGAGCCUGGUAUACCGGGGCCCAGAGGCCCACCUGGCGGCAGGGGUACCCAGGGAAAUGUGGGUUCAAGGGGGAGACUGGGCAGGGGUGGAUACCCAGGAGAACAGGGACAGAGGGGUUUGCCGGGGCACAAAGGUGAUGCAGGGAGCAAUGUCCAGGGCCCGACAGGAGUCAAAGGAUUUGCAGGUCUUCCAGGUGAGUCCAAGCUGGGAAUCCCAGGUUCCAAAGGAGAUGAUGGUAAGCAAGGAGCCCCUGGGGUACCUGGACCUCCUGGUCAGUCGGGUGAGGUGGGACCACCAGGUGUGUGCGAUAGCAGUGGAGGCUGCCGAGGGGUUCCCGAGCAAACAGGUCCACAACCAGAGGAUCCUUAUUAUGGCUACCAGCCCUGAGUGGAUCCUAAUGCGCAGGAAGCACCUGUCAGGUAUGAUGAUGGACAUCUGUUUGAAAUGACUAUGGUUCCUUUGGAGCUGAAUGACAGAUUAGAAACGGAGAUGAAAAAGCUUGACUGAAGAGGUUUGGUGUGUUGAACUUGUCGCUGACGGGAGGUGAAGCUGUCCAGGAAGAAAUGGAAACAAAGAGGAAGGAUCUCUCCGUGUCCCCUUGAGUGCUCUGUGACCCAAAAUGUGGCGAAUGAUGUAAGAAAACAUAAGAAGCUUUAUAAAGUAUAAUAUUGUGAUGAUGGAUGGAUAGUAUAAGUAAGGAAAAUAAUUGAGCUUUGGGAUCAGUCCAGUGCAGUCUUAUACACCAUACUCGCACUGAAACCUUUUGUUACUUUCUGUAUUCAUGCACUGUAUCAAUGCUGAGUAGUUUAACCAUCUGUGGUACAUUUCUACCUAUUUCAUUUGCUAACCUAAACUGCCUCAAUGAUAAUGACAAAGCAUAAUCCAUGGUGUAAAAGUGUCUUUUUUUCCAUGGUAUAAAUGAAACUGUGAGAAUGUCUGUGGUCAUGUUUAAGAUCAUUAGUAUAUUGUUUAUUAUAUUUACUGUAUACAGUUAUUCAUGUAUGAUAUUUUAUACUAUUACUGUUGAAAAUUCACGUUUACAUUUUCUGAUUUCCUUUGGGGAGGGACAAAGAAAAUUAACAUGAUGUGUGUGUUCCAAAGCUUGAUCCGUAAGGCAACUGGACUGGAAGGAAGUUGCCUUACGGAUCAAGCUUUAGAUUACCAUGACCUGGAUGACUGAG